AUGGAGCUGAUGUGUAUGCAAAUCCAAGCUGAUUUCUGUGGAAAUAUCGAACGAAUCGAAAGAAGUGUCGAUUCUCAAGCUUCCUUCAAAGUCGAUAAAUGGGAACGAAAAGACCACGGUGGCGGUGGAAUCACCUGCGUUCUUCAGGACGGAAAAGUGUUUGAAAAGUCUGGCGUUGGAAUAUCGGUCGUUGUGAGCAAACUCAACCCAAAAAUGCAGGAAGCGAUGCGUUCGAGGGGACAUAAGCUUACUCCACCGAAUGAAGGAGACACACUGCCCUUUUCCGUCGUCGGCGUUUCUUGCGUGACACAUCCAGUAAAUCCUCACUGCCCUACGAUCCACUACAACUACCGCUAUUUUGAAGUCGAAACUGCGGACGGAAUCGAAGCCUGGUUCGGCGGUGGAACUGAUCUCACCCCUGCUUAUAUCAACGAAGAAGAUAUCAAGCACUUUCACAGCACUCAAAAAAAGGCCUGCGAUAGAAGUGGACCUGGCGUUUAUGAAAAGUUCAAAAAGUGGUGCGACAAGUAUUUUGUUAAUACACACCGUGGACCGAAUGGAGAAUGCCGGGGAGUCGGCGGCACCUUUUUCGAUGACGUUAUUGGUGAUUUUGCUGAAGAAGGCAAGGCAGAUUACCAAGCCGGUUUCCGACAUCAAAUGUCGUGUGGAAGUUCAAUUUGUGAAAGCUACUUUCCGAUAAUUGAACGGCGAAUGCAUUCUGAGUUCACUGAAGAGGAAAAGGACUGGCAACAAAUUCGAAGAGGGCGAUAUGUUGAAUUCAAUCUGGUUCACGAUCGUGGAACAAAAUUUGGCUUUGCUACUCCCGGCGUCCGAAUCGAAGCUGUUCUCAUGUCUCUUCCGUUGACCGCGCGAUGGCAGUACGAACACCAUCCAGAAGAAGGCACUAAAGAACACGAAGCAUUGAUGGUCUUUCAAAAUCCUCGAGACUGGCUAAUGAACAGAUGCUUUGUCAGAUUUCACUCGAUAAAAUCGAGAGCAGUCCUCAACAGAAAGUUUGACAAAGUUCAUAUUUCUGUUACAGGAAAUAAAUACAAUGACGACUUCAACUGCAUGAUGAACAAAGGGAUUUCUACACCACUGGAUGUGGCCGAGAAAAUUUCGUUGCGAACGGCUCAGAAUGCUGUAAUGGCUGUGGUCCGGCAGAAGGAGAAGCCGCUGGAGCAGGGAGAUGAUUAUUUAUUCGCUGAAGAGUACCAAGAAGAACCAAUUGCUGUCGAUAUCAAUCAGCCAUUGAAUUACUCGUGCAAUUUGGAUAUUUUGAGUUUCAAAAAUGCCACUUGCCAAGAAUUAGAUUAUUAUGAUGAAGUGAGCAAAGCCUACUGGAGAACGUGUACAUUUUUGCUCGGGCAUGCGAUGAAAACGGCCUUUUCUGAAAGUUUUGGAAAUCUGAGCGCAGUUGAAAGUUUGGAUUUAUCAGUUGAGUCUGGAUCGUUCGGAGUUAGAAUCGCUUUUGAUAGCGAUGUUUCUUCAUGGUCACCUAGCGAAAUCGAUCUUCAAAAACUUACUCGACACUGUCGAAACAUCCUCAAUUCCCAAAUAAGUCUAAAUCUAAUCGGUGAAAAUGCAUAUUCCCUUGGAAAAACAGAAGCCUCUUUUGAUGGUCCUUUGAUUCAGUCUCUCUCUCAAAUCGGAAAUUUUGCUGUGACCGCGAUUGAUAAGUUAGACGAUGGAUCUUUUGAAAUUCGUGGAACUUCGUUGCCAGCGGAGUUUGGAACGAAUCACGUUGUUUUUGGAAUCCUGGAGCAGAAGAGUAAAGCAUCGACUUUAGAAGAAUUUGAAAGUCGUAGAAAAGUACCAGAAAAGACGCUUGCGAAUUUAGCCAAGGACGAAACCUUGUUGUACAAACAAUGGACGGGAUCCUACAAUACGUCCGAGAAAACAGAAAUCAUCAUGAAGGAAGGAGAAGGAUCUGAACAGGAAGCACUCUCCAACAUCAUCAAAUCCUCCUCACCUUCACCGAACCACGAUCUCAACAAACAAUACAGAGAGUUCGAAGUCGGCCGAAAAUUCCUCAGAACCCGGCAGGCUCUCAAUGUCGCGACUGCUUACAAGCUUCGAUCUAUCUUUAAAAAUGGAAAAUUCGAGCAUUCUGUUUAUUCUGAUGAAACGAAGCAAUAA